AUGCGUCGCCCGUUAUUUCUAGUCAUAGCUUUUAUACUGUUGUUUGGACUCCUGGUUGCUUGCGGAGGAGCCGCAGAGCAGACCGAGGAGGAAACGAGCGAGACCACGUCUGAAACAUCCCAAGCCACGACCGCCACAGAGGCGGCCCCGGAGCCGGAAGCUCAGGAGCAGGAAACCCCUGAAGCCGAGGCAAUGAUGGAGGAGGAGCAGGAAACCCCUGAAGCCGACGCAACGAUGGAGGAGGAGGGCGAAGAGGAGCAGGAAGAAUCAACAGCCACACCCGCUCCUGCGGUGGAUCCCGCGCUGGUCGAGUACGCGGCCCAACACGCCAACGGACCUGGCGCGAUAUAUGUCGGCGACAUCAACCAACUCGUCGGCCCCGCACCCUCGACCAGUCAGGGCGACUUCGACGGAAAUGUCACCCUGGAAUCCUUGCAGCGCCACCUGUGGAUAUACGACAGUGACAUCUACCAGGAACUGCUGGAGAAGGCGAACCUGACCAACCCGACGCCCUUGGAGGUCUCCGGUGAAUCUAUUACGAUUCAGCACGCCUGUAUCAACCGGGCGCUGCUGCCCUGCCAGCUGCUGGAGACGUACUUCACGCUGAACCUUCGCGACCGGACGGAUGGUCAGGUGGAAUUCAUCGCGAGUUCCUUCCCCGAGUUGGGCCUGGCAGGCCCCGAUACCCUGAGCCUCGUUUCCCAAAGGACACUGGACUCAGCCAACAUCUACGGUGGCUAUGUCGGUGGAGAGUUGCCUCCCAUCGAGAUUCAGAACCUGUGGGGCAUCUAUUCCAGUCGCGAACAGGAAUUUCAAGCCACGCAGGCCAUUAUCAAGGACAUCGAGGAACUGGUCCUGGAGGAUACCGGCGGAGUGAUCAUGAACCACAACUGGUUCGCCGGCAACGACCAGUUCUUCUUCUGCCGGGAAAAGGUCGACAGCAUUGACGGAUUCGCGGGGAAAAAGACCCGCAGCCACAGCGCGGCGCUGUCGGAUUGGAUUGAAGGCAUGGGAGCCGAUGCACAGUUCGUGGCUUUCGCCGAGGUGUAUACGGCCAUCGAGCGCGGCAUCUUGGAUUGCGGCGUGACCGGAGGAGAUGCCGGAUACGGGCAGCGGUGGUACGAGGUUACCGACUACAUUAUCGGCCCCCUGGUGAGCUUCCCCUCUACAAACAACGUGAUCAACGGUGACCUGUGGAACGAAAUCCCGGAAAAUCUCCAGGAUAUCAUCCUGGAGGAGGCAGCAAAGUCGGAGCUUGAGGCACUGCGGUUAUCUGCGAUCCAGAACGAGAUGGGGCUGCUCAAAAACACGUCAGAUGACCCCCGCGGGGCGGGACUGGAUGCAAUGGAGUUCGUCCCCUUCUCCGACGAGAUGAAUUUCCGCAGCCUGAACACAGCGGUGAUGGAGCACGUAGUGCCAGCCUGGGUGAACCGCGUGGGCGAUGCCAGCCAUCCCAUCAUUGCCGAUACGUUCAACAACAAG